AUUAUUAGACGAUAGAUAAUACACGACGAGAAUGUGAAACAGUCAAGACAUCUACUACAGUCCUACUUUAGAGUGAAUGGCCUUGGCAUGACUUUUACAUUGUAGAUAGGUCAAAACACUUCAACUAUCUCUGUACCAAAUGGAAAUAUUCAUUCAGAGAUGAAGUUUUUAAUAUUUUUAUUUCUGAUUUUUGCGGUGGACAAAGGUGUUGGCAACUUUGUGGUGAAUGUGGUGACAGAUGGCAGCUACAGCAUCACAGUCAACGGCAACAUCUGGCUGACCAGUGGCUACACUUUCUUUAACAACAACGGUAAAAAAUACUCCACGGCCGACUACUCCCUGAAAUUAUCUCGCAGUUGGUCUACAUCAGGUAGAGAUAUCAUUGGAGAAUGGCAGAGCACCAACUUUGAUUAUCUGGCUGCUUCGCUACCUGUCACCACGACCAUUAAAACCUACAAUGAUCCAGACAUACCCAUAGCCAUCUUCACUCAGAAGUACUAUGGACAGGCCAACAGAACGUCUGCCAAUGACACAACUCAAGUCAUUAGUAGUUUCCCCUCCUUCCAGGCACUGUCCAAUGGCGGCAUGGGUUUUCUUGCUUAUGGCGGAGAUAUGGCAGGUUACAGUGAUCUGAAAUUUGGAUGGUGGCAGUAUGGUGCUUCACUUUCAACGGGCAUAAGUGGAGGACCAUUGGUCAUCUUUGACAGCGCUAGUAAUGCGAUGGUAAUCUCCCCUCUCAGUCAGUUCAUGGCAGCCUCUAGCCAGUUCUCACAGCAAUACCAGCAGCUGAGCUACGGAAUUAUGGGAUUAGUUGAUACCGUACCACAGAAUUACAGCAUCGAUUUUAUUGUUUACUAUAGCGACAAGGGCAUAAAUCAGGCCAUGAUUGAAUGGGGCAAACUUCUUAAACGGGUGUACAGGCGGAACCAAAACAGAAGGAACUAUGGCACGACCUUGAACUUCAUGGGCUAUUGGACUGAUAAUGGUGCCUACUACUAUUACAACACAGAGAGUGGUAAGAACUACGAAACAACAAUACUGGACGCUGUUAGCUACAUCAAAAGUCAAACUAUACCAUUCAAGUACACUCAGUAUGACUCUUGGUGGUAUGAAAAGGGACAUAAAUCUGGUGUCUUAACAUGGACGCCGAUGCCUGAAGUAUUUCCCCAUGGCUUCAAAUAUUUAUCUGAUCAAACCAAGCUUCCCUUCUCGUGUCAUAAUCGAUUCUGGGAUGGUGCUACUCCGUAUGCCAAAUACAACGGUGGGCGGUAUAACUUUAUUGAAGAUUUGAACUCUGGACUGGCAGUGCCUGACGAUGAUCAAUUCUGGGUUGAUCUUUUCAACAUGACUCAACAAUGGGGACCUUUCAUUAUGUAUGAACAGGAUUGGUUGGAUGUUGAGACUGACAAAAACCGUGUUCUGCAAUCAGAUCUCUUCAUAGGUCGACGCUGGUUGGUUGGAAUGGGAAAAGCUGCAGAACAGUUUGACAUUGGAAUCCAGUACUGUAUGUCUUAUAGUCGUCACAUCCUGCAGUCAUUAGAGAUACCAACUGUCUCACAGGCACGCGUCAGUGGCGACUACUCCCCUGGGGGCAAACAAUGGAACAUCGGCGUCACCUCCAUGUUUGUUGACGCUCUUGGCGUGGCGCCAUUUAAAGAUACGUUCUGGACAACAGAGGUUCAGCCUGGGAGUCCUUACGGAAAUAAAACAGAGCCACAGACCAGGUUAAACAGUUUGAUAGCGACGUUAAGCACUGGCCCAGUUGGCCCUGGGGACGGGAUUGGUUUCAUUAACACCACUGUGCUGAUGAGGUGUUGUGACUCGGAAGGCAGGAUACUUCAGCCUAGUAAGCCAGCCAAAGCCAUUGACGAUCAGAUUAAAAGGAGCGCGUUCCCCACCUACGCGGGACCUGACGGGGAGGUCUACUCUACCUACAGUAACAUCUCAGGUUACAUCUUUGGUAUCGUCGUUGCUGCUGACUUGAAGAAUAGUUACAACUUGACUCCAUCCAGUGGCUGGACUUUUGGUCAGAUGCCAGAGAGUGUAAUUUAUUCAGGAGAUGAUCCCACCGACUUACCGCGACCAUUCUCCGAGGCCAGCCCUCUACGUCUGGGCCCUGAAUGUACGCCAGUGAACUUCUGUUUGUACUACACAACACCGAUACUACAAUUGGGAGUUCGAUCCAAAGUCGCCAUUUUAGGAGAACUGGACAAAUGGGUUCCAAUGUCACCCACGAGGUUUACCAAUAUUCAGCAGACGACAGAUGAUGUUCUACUAUACAUUUAUCUUAACACUAACGAGACUGUGGCGGUUUAUUUCUUCGUAGACGACCAACCAAUCUCGAUCCAGACCAUCUACUGCCAUGGUUACGCUUCCGGUCCAGCAGUUCUAAGCGUUGUGAACAGAAAGUGUUCCGUGUUUUGAAAUAGGAGAAAGACGAAACAAAAAAAUGUUGAAGAUAAUUAUUUUAAAAACAUGUCUUGAAAAAUACGUAAACUUUGAACAAAACAUUUUGUAGUUGACAUUUGCAGCAGAUUUUAGUUUACUGAAUUUGUGUUUAAUGAGUGUUAGCUUUCUUUUAUUUUUGUGUGUAAACUCACUACUAAGAGUAGCAGGUUUGUGUUCAUUACAGAUAUUCAAACAGAACAUUUUAAAAACUAUUUUUUUCAAACAUUGUCAUUAAAAUUUAGGAAAUAAAAAGGCGCCAAAUUUUAAUCCUGAAAAUGCAUUUUUGUUUCAUGACUUGAGCGUUUGUAUUUUUUUUAAACCGAAGAACGAAGUUUUUAUUUUCGUAUUUUAUUUUUACUUCAAAAGAUAGAGGUUUUGAGUUUAUAAAUAGAAUAGAACUUUUCUCUUCAUCGCAUUGGCAUUUAAUUAUAGAUAUUGCGUAAAGUUUAAUUUUUGGCUGAGCGUUUUGCUAAUUCUAUUCUACACACUGCUUUAGAGUUUGAUCUUUGGUCACAGUAAAUGCCGAUCUUUGGAAUAAAUGUUUAGACUUAGGGUCAGAACGUUACAAGUCAAGUCUGUAAAGCCUAUUCUGUUCCACACAGACAUUUAUUUUACAAAAUGCAAUAAACUCAACUAGAGGAGGACUUUUUUUUACAAUACCUUCAACCCCACAUCCCAAACAGGUGGGCGAAACCUUCAGGGCAAAACCUGGGUAGUCGUUCUCGAAAACGACUCAAACGAUUCUUAUAGAAAUUAGACAGUGGAUGUAUAAUAAAGUAUAUCGUUAGGACAAGAAUUACUAGCUCGUUGGUCACCCUGGAAAAAUUCUAGCUUGACCAUUAUAUUUGUUUCUAAAUAUAUCAGAAAUUAAUUCGGCUAAAGGACUAUAUGUAGUUUGAACAGAUUAUACGUCUUCGGGUAUCUCCUCAUGUGAGCCAAAUUGAUUCAAGAGUUGAAUAAAUACAUUUUCAGGAGAAUUUUGCGCAGUUUCUUCUAAGUCUAGAUCUACAGGAAUAGAAAUUUAUAAAAUCUAGUCGAUCUAUACAUUUGCCUAAACAGGAAAUUUUUUUUGUUUUGAGGGGGGGGGGUGAUAGGCCGGGGUAAAAAUGUUCCAUAUUUUUUUUAUCCAAUAUUUAGCUAUUAAGAGCAAAAUAAUCACUAUAGAAGUUGAAUCAAAUAAAAAUGUACUUGUAAUAUUUUAUUUAUGUUCAUCAACUUCGAAAAAAAGCAGCAAUAAGUAAGGACGAUAAGUAAGGACGCAGUAAAAUAACAAAACAUUCCGUUACAAAUUAUUUCGCAUUUUAGAAGAAAAAAAAACAACAUGCAAUAGAAUAUCUGAACAGAAAAAAUAUUAUAAAAAAAAAGAGAGUUUUACUGAUUUUGCUACUUAGAUAAAUGCAGAUAAAAGGCCGAUCAUGUUUCUCUAUUGGAUGUAUUUGAUCAGUGUUUCUUUUUAUUUCCAUCAUGAAAAGUGCACAUGAAAUGGAUUCCCUCCCUGUUUGUUAAUUUAUCAUGUUCCAAUUUAUUUGUUGUUUGUUCAAACAAAAGUAAAUAGGAAAACGUGAACUGUUUCUACUUGUAUACUUCACUAUACUUUGUGUACGGAGCUUCCUCAUGCGGAUCGCCAAUAAAUAAAUGAAUCAUA